CACAGAGUUUUGUUUCAUUUUCAGUGUUGUAUAAGGUGAGGAAUGAAUGUGGAUUAAUCAAAAUAAUUUUGAUUUUGGAAAAAAGGGAACAAAUUAACUAAAUAAAUAUAUUUUACCAGAAUGGCAACCUUAGAACAACAGGCAUCUAAACUUUUGGAUUUCAAUCAAAAAUUGGACAUCAAUUUAUUGGACAACAUUGUUGGCUGUUUAUAUUCUGCUGUUGGGGAUCAACAACGUGUUGCUCAGGAUAUACUGACUGCUUUGAAGGAACAUCCUGAUGCUUGGACUCGUGUUGAUACAAUACUUGAAUAUUCUCAAAAUCAAGAAACUAAAUAUUAUGCAUUACAAAUAUUAGAACAAGUAAUACUAACGAGAUGGAAAAUAUUACCAAGAAAUCAGUGUGAGGGUAUAAAAAAAUAUAUAGUUGGCCUUAUCAUUAAAAAUUCAUCAGAUCCUGUUACGAUGGAAAGCAACAAAGUUUAUUUGAAAAAACUAAACAUGAUCCUUAUUCAAGUUCUGAAAAGAGAAUGGCCCCAUAAUUGGGAAACUUUUAUCAGUGACAUUGUGGGUGCCUCAAAGACGAAUGAAAGUCUCUGUCAAAACAAUAUGGAAAUAUUCAAGUUGUUGAGUGAAGAAGUAUUUAUGUUUAGUACAGGCCAGCUCACACAAACAAAAGCUAAGCAUCUAAAAGAUACAAUGUGUUCAGAAUUCAGUCAAAUCUUUCAGCUAUGCCAAUUUGUCUUGGAAAAUUCACAAAAUGCACCUUUAGUUGGAGUGACCUUAGACACUCUUUUGAGAUUUUUAAAUUGGAUUCCACUUGGUUAUAUUUUCGAAAUGAAAUUGAUAAGCACAUUGAUAUUUAAGUUUCUGAACGUGCCGAUGUUUAGGAAUGUAACAUUGAGCUGUCUUACUGAAAUUGCCGGUGUCACAGUCAGCAAUUAUGAUCAGCAGUUUGUUUAUUUGUUUGUACAAACUAUGGAACAACUUGAAGUUAUGCUUCCUCUAACUACAAACAUACGUGAAGCAUAUGUAGCUGGUCGAGAUCAGGAACAAGUUUUUAUUCAAAAUCUUGCACUUUUCUUAUGCACAUAUCUAAAAGAGCAUGGUCCGCUCAUAGAAAAGAGUGGAUUAACAAACACUUUAAUGAAUGGUUUGAGGUAUCUUGUCUUAAUAUCAGAGGUAGAAGAUGUAGAAAUUUUCAAAAUUUGUCUUGAAUAUUGGAAUGCUCUUGCUGCUGAUUUGUACAAAAUUGCGCCAUGUUCGUCAAACUUGUACCAUUUGGGUAAAAGUGGAGGCCGAAAAGCUUUGUAUGCUGAUGUCUUGAGCAGUGUUCGGUAUAUUAUGAUCUCGAGAAUGGCAAAACCAGAAGAGGUGUUAGUUGUUGAAAAUGAAAAUGGUGAAGUUGUGAGAGAAUUUAUGAAGGACACAGACUCCAUUAAUUUGUAUAAAAAUAUGAGAGAAACAUUAGUUUACUUGACACAUUUAGACUAUUUAGAUACUGAACGUAUUAUGACAGAGAAAUUACAAAAUCAAGUAAAUGGUACUGAGUGGUCAUGGAAGAACUUGAACACAUUAUGUUGGGCAAUUGGAUCUAUUUCUGGAGCUCUAUCUGAGGAUGAUGAAAAGAGAUUUUUGGUUAUUGUGAUUAAAGAGCUUCUAGGUCUCUGUGAACAGAAAAAGGGAAAAGAUAACAAAGCUAUAAUUGCUAGUAACAUAAUGUAUGUCGUAGGACAAUACCCACGCUUUCUUCGUGCACAUUGGAAAUUUUUAAAAACCGUUGUCAAUAAACUUUUUGAAUUCAUGCAUGAAACACAUGAUGGUGUCCAAGACAUGGCGUGUGAUACAUUCAUAAAAAUUGCUAUAAAAUGCCGUCGACAUUUUGUCACUACUCAAGUUGGAGAAGCCUGUCCUUUUAUUGAAGAAAUAUUGGGCACCAUUAGUACUAUAAUUUGUGAUUUACAAACAUUGCAAGUUCACACUUUUUAUGAAGCUGUUGGAUACAUGAUCAGUGCCCAAGUAGAUCAAGUAGCCCAAGAACUUUUAAUUGAAAAAUACAUGCUUCUGCCUAAUCAAGUUUGGGAUGAUAUUAUAUCUCAAGCUUCUCGUAAUGUUGAAAUCUUGAAAGACCCUGAAGCUGUUAAACAACUUGUAAGUAUACUGAAAACAAAUGUGCGUGCAUGUCGUGCACUAGCACACCCAUAUGUUGUGCAAUUAGGAAGGAUAUACCUUGACAUGCUUAAUGUUUACAAAGUAAUGUCUGAAAAUAUAAGUCAAGCCAUAGCUUUAAAUGGCGUAGCAGUUACUAAACAACCUCUCAUUAAGAAUAUGAGAAUAAUAAAAAAGGAAACUUUGAACCUUAUUUCAAGUUGGGUUACACGCUCGAUUGAUAACAGUAUGGUUUUGGAAAACUUUAUUCCACCUCUUCUCGAUGCUGUGCUUUUGGAUUACCAAAGGACUGCUGUUCCUGAAGCUCGUGAGCCUGAAGUACUGUCUUGCAUGGCGGCAAUCGUGCACAGACUUGAAGGACAUAUAACUUCUGAAGUACCAAAAAUAUUUGAUGCAGUCUUUGAAUGUACUCUGGAAAUGAUUAACAAAGACUUUGAAGAGUAUCCAGAACAUAGAACAGAAUUUUUCUUAUUACUGCAGGCGGUCAAUACAAACUGUUUCAAAGCAUUUUUGAGCAUACCACCAGCACAAUUCAAGUUGGUUUUAGAUUCCAUAAUCUGGGCAUUUAAACAUACAAUGAGGAAUGUGGCAGAUACCGGUUUACAAAUAUUGUACCGACUGUUGUUAAAUGUUGAGGAACAUCCACAGGCAGCACAGAGUUUUUACAGAACCUACCUUUGUGACAUUUUGGAGCAUGUCUUCAGUGUAGUCACUGAUACAUCACAUGGUGCAGGACUCACUAUGCACGCUACAAUCCUGGCUCACAUUUUCUCAUUGGUAGAGGCUGGCCGAGUUACUGUACCACUUGGACCCACACCAGACAAUGUUCUUUAUAUUCAGGAAUAUAUCGCAAAUCUCUUGAAAACAGCAUUUUCACACUUAACUGAUAACCAAAUUAAAAUUACUGUACAAGGCCUGUUCAACCUGAAUCAAGAUAUACCUGCUUUCAAGGAUCAUCUCAGAGACUUCUUAGUUCAAAUUAGAGAGUACACUGGUGAAGAUGAUAGCGAUUUGUACUUGGAAGAGCGUUUGUUUGUAUUACGUCAGGCACAAGAAGAUAAGAGAACAGUGCAGUUGUCAGUGCCCGGCAUUCUGAACCCUCAUGAAUUGCCUGAAGAGAUGCAAGAUUAAUUAGAGAUUACUGUAAACUCAGAAAAUGGCAACAGUGUGCAUAGAUUAGAUAAUUUUAUUCAGAUAACUACAGUUUAAGGUGACAUUAGGAAAUUAGUGACAUAAGCUGUAAUCAAUGGUGGUUUGUAUUAGCUUCAAAAUUAAUAUUUUAUAAAGUCUGAUAGAGACAAUCAUUGGAAAUUCAUGUUUUUCCAUAAUAGUAAAAUAAAGUAAAUAAUAUAAUAAAUAGUAAAAUAAGUACUUAAUAAAAUGGUUAUGAACUACUUGAAACAACUAACAUUCAGUUAAUUUGGGCAAUUGUAUUUUUUAAUUGCUUGUUUCUUGCUUUGAGUGAGCCCAUGUUUUUAAUCAAAAAACUUAUGCAUUUUUUUUCUUUAGUUUUGCGCCUAUAAGGUUUUCGUGUCAGACAUAGAUUAAGAUAUGUUCAUACAAUAUUCAGUUGGGUUUUUCGGUAUUAAUGUAUCUGACUGUAUUAACACUAGUUUAGUAAUUAUACUGUGUCCUGUUGCCAUUGAUUUAUUGUCUAUGUCUUGGGCUCUUAAAAUAUUACCAUUUAUGAUAGUUUGUAUAAGAGAUUGCUAGGUUCCGAUGCAAGAAGAUGAAUGCAAGUGAAUUUAAACGACAGCAGAACAUGAUUUAGUGAGUAUAUUUUAAUAGCUUAAGACAUUUUCUGAGCCGUACAUAUUUAUAGAUUGUAAACUGCAUCAAUUUACAUUGUUAGAAAUUAUAGAAAAUCUGUUUUUAAGUAAUCUUCAAAUGUAAGUAAUGCUAAUCUCUGUGAUGUAACCAGUGUCAGAUGUCAAUAUGUGCGCUGCAGAAUCGAAGUAUUACAUGUAGAUUCUAGGAAAACACAAUGGAUCGAUGUUAGUAAUAUUUUUGUUUUGUUUAAUGUUGUAAUAACCAAUUUCAUUGUAUGUUGGAAAUUAAAUCACGGGAUGAUUUCCUGAUGAAUUUUGGGUCCGAUUAACUCAAGUCUUUCAAUUUUGUGUUUGGAAUAAACAUUCAAUAAAAA